GAUACAUUUAUAUUUAGACCGAUAUUUUAUUUACAUCGCAACAUGGAUAAUCAAAGUAAACAAUUAGCUGAAGACUUUUUCUUAAGAGAGCCUGUAGACGCCCGCAUCAGAAAAGUGAAAGAUGAGCCCAAAGAAGAAUCACACCCGACUCUCAAAGUUGAAAUGCAAACGAUUCGUUUGAAUCCGGACUCACAGAAGAUAAUAUUAGAUACAUUGAGGUAUAUCCAUGGUUCUGAAUUCAAAUUGGGCAGUGCUAGUCUUUACAAGGAUAAAGGUUCAAAUUUGGGAAACAGGUAUUGGAUGGAAAGAGGCAAUUUAGUUGUCCAAGGAGGAUGUGACUAUUCUCUUAACAUGAAACCUGAUAUACAGAGCUCAGAAGCUAGACUUAGAUCUUUUGCUUUAUCAAAAUUAGAAAAAUACCACUUCCAUAAAGCACAUUGUGCAGAAGCCUUAGAGAUAGCAGCAGAAAGUGUAGAAAAGUCCCUAGAGAUUUUAUUUUAUAAAUAUUUUAAGAUAGACCCAGAGGAUAAACCGGAAAACGCCCUCUCAAAUUCAGAGUUAGAAGAGAUGAGAAUGGAUGAAAAAGCAGUAUUAGAAUCAAUAUAUGAUACCAGUUUCAAAACGAAAGAUGCAGAUGUAUGGGUUGUCAAAUUAGAUCUAGACUACUUAACAAAGCUAUAUGCAAAUAAAGUUGAUGCACCGAAAAAGAAAACAAAUAUAAAUUACAAUAAUAAAGGGAAACCAAAAGAGAUGUGUAAACUUAUUUUAAAGGGACACUGUAGAUUUGGUGAUAAAUGUAAGUUUUCGCAUGAAAUUAAUACAGAGAAAACUCAGCCCGAUACAGAAAACACUGGAACUCAGAAAAUUACGUAUGAAUUAGAAGUAAGGUUUCCGAAAGACACACUGUAUCCUUAUCAACCCCCAUUAUUGUUUUUCAAAACGGAAAACCGUACUGAUACCAUACCUGAUUUAACUUGUUUGAAAAUAACAUGUAGACUCGUAGACGAGGCGAAAAUUCUUGCACAAGAUGGAGUACCAAGUAUAUAUUCCAUUGUGGAAUUGCUACAAAAUGAAGAAGAUAUCAUAAAUUUUAUAAAAUUUGAUACAAGAUCAUUUUUAGAACCUUCAGAAGCUCUAUUUCCACAAUUAAUAGAGGACGAAGGUAAACAUGAAGUUAAACCAAGUCAUUACAAAAAAGGUGUUAUCAAAGACAUAAGGAAUAACAUAAAUUUUGAAGAAGUUUUGAGAGAAAAUAAAGAAAUAGCUAAGAGAUGGUUAGAAAAGAGGGAAAAUAAUAGGUACAACAAAAUGAUGUCAGAUAGAAGAAAAUUGCCUGCUUGGCAGAAGAAGAAUGAUAUAUUGAAUGCUUUGAAAAAAUCACAGAUAGUAGUGAUCAGCGGUGAGACCGGUUGUGGUAAAAGCACACAAGUACCUCAGUACAUACUGGAUGACUGGUUGAAUAAUUUCUCCAAAGAUGGUCCUGAACAUGUCGAGAUAAUCUGUACUCAACCGAGAAGAAUAUCUGCUAUUGGUGUGGCAGACAGGGUUGCUGAUGAACGCGUGGAGAAAACUGGCCAAGUUGUUGGAUAUCAGAAGGGCGGGGUAGAGUUGGGAGAGCAGGGAGGGAGUGCUGUAAUCAAGAAGAGCACCUCAAUUAUAUUGCAUUAUGAGCUGUACCUCUUUCUAAUACGGAUUAUAUUCCUAUCGAGUGAAAGUAAAAAUUUGGCAAGAAAUCAGUUGCCAUGUGCAUCCUGGGCCGCAUGGCGCGCUGACAGCACCAUGCUAUUAUAA